AAGGAUGGCUACAAACCGUGAUGACAUUACCACGGGCUUUGCAGAUGCCGUCUGUGGGUGCCAGACCCUCGCGCACACACCUACGCACCCUCCCUAAGACACGCACUUGGUUGUCGUCAUCUCUUCGACACGUCUCAACUUCCCAACACCCCUUCGCGUACGGGGCUAACGAUGAAGUCGCACGUCUUGCAGCCAGUCGUCGACGGCCACUGACGCUGGCAGACUUGCUCAAACACGGGAGACCGCCGUUAUCCAAAGAUGCCCUCCUGGCCUCGGCCAACUUCACCCUGUCCCUGCUCCCAGCACGACUGGCAUCACGAAUCGAAGCGCUCCGGAACCUCCCCUUCAUCGUCGUUUCAAACCCUCAUGUCACGCAGAUCUACAACAACUACCUCCACUCACUCUCCACUCUCCUCCCCUACCAACAGCGGCAGGUCACCACCGUGGAAGAGUUGACCCAGUUCGCCGAUGUCCUGGCCGACCUGGUGCACACGCACACCAACACGAUCCCAAUUCUCGCCCGCGGGUUCCUCGAAUGCCGCCGUUACAUCGAUUCCACCGAUGUCACCCGCUUCCUGGACACCCACCUCCGCGCCCGCAUCGGCACCCGCCUCAUCGCCGAGCAACACCUCGCCCUUCAUUUCGCCUCGCAGCCGAUCCGGGACAGCCACCACGAGACCAAUGGACAACAAGAACCACAAUCAUCACCACCAGCCAAGGACGCUGCCGCGGCCCCGUCCAACUACAUCGGGGUGAUUGACACCGCCCUGCAACCGGCCCGAAUUGUCAAGCUCUGCGAGGACUUCGUCGGCGAGAUCUGCGAGCUCAAAUACGGCGUGCGGCCCCGGCUCGUGAUUGGCGGCCAGCCGGACGCCUCGUUCGCGCACGUCCCGGUGCACGUGGAAUACAUCCUCACCGAGCUGUUGAAAAACGCCUUCCGCGCGACCGUCGAGUCCGGUAACGGCCACGAACCCAUCGAAGUCACCAUCGCCGCCGCCCCGGACGUCCCCGCCUCCCACCAUCACCACCACGAUCCCCUCGCCAGAAUGAACACGAAAGGCUGGCAGCAACCAACCCAACAACAUCUGCAACAGGACCACCCGUACCCUCCUCAAUCCGAGGCAGACCUCGGCUUCGAAAUGGACAACACCGUCGUCGGCACCGCCGACGCCAACGAAUCCAUCAAAGCCUGGACCGCGCCGCCGUCCGCGCAGUGCAUCACGAUCCGCAUCCGCGACCGCGGCGGCGGCAUCCCCCCCGAAGUGCUGCCGAAUAUCUGGUCGUACAGCUUCACGACGUUCUCGGAGUACGAUGACCACCACGGAGGCUCGGAGAGCAACGAAGGGAUGGAGGCGCUGAAUACGAUCGCGUCCACUAGUGGUGGCGGGGCGAAUGGGCAUCUAAGCAGUAUCGCCGGGCUCGGGUACGGGCUGCCGUUGAGUCGCGCGUAUGCGGAGUACUUUGGGGGCAGUAUUGCCAUCCAGAGUCUCUGGGGCUGGGGCACGGAUGUGUAUUUGACGUUGCAGGGGGUGGGGAAUGUCUCAUGAUCUGUGGGCUGUCCCUUAGCAAGGCUUUUCUGGAUAGAGAGGUCGUGUGCGUGUUCACUCAUAACUGCUUUGAGGAGCUUGGUUAGAGGUUAUUAGGUAGCAAGCUAGCUAGUUAGGAUGAUAUGGUGCGUUUCGGAGCUAGUUGAGAUCACCAGGUGCAUGCUGUGUACUGAGUACAGUUCCUCCUUACCUUG